AUGGUGGCACUGAGUGUGGAGGUUGGCCCGUGGACAGGAUGUGCGGUUCUCUUCCUGCGCUCCUGUCCCGCAGUGAACCUGCUCUCUCUCUACAAAGACCAGCAGGGCAAGUUCAGCGUCUUCAAAGUCCUCAAGCUGACACUCACAGACUCAGCUGGGGGGCUGGAGGGGUACGAGAUCCUGAAGCUGCACGAUGCAGAUCCUCUGCUGGGUGUGGAGGUGAAGUUUGUGGAUGUGGCGGCGUGCCACAGGUUCCUGCAGAGCUAUGGCUCCGGUGCUGUACAACAGUCCCUCUCCCAGCACACCUGCCGCCUCCUCAACAUCCCACAGGAGCUUUCCUUGGAAACCCAGCUCAAAGCCGGGACACACACUUUGGACUUUUGUCUGGACGACCUGGAGCUCUGUCUGCAGCACAUCCACAAGUCACAGCCGGAGCGCCUACGGGAUGAUGAGAUUGCUGAGCUGGACCAGCAGCUGCAGAGCCAGGCCUUGGGUCAUAUCCCCCAGCCACCCACACUCACACAGGAAGAGCCCCCCGUGCCCAGCAACUGUUUCCUGUUCCAGAAGAGGGUGUUUGAGGACCGCAUGCUGGUGGCGGGGGACCUGCAGCGGUUCUCCAACGGCAUUGGGCGGGACUGGAGGAAAGUGGGGCGGGCCUUGGGCAAGAACUGCCGUGCGCUGAAGGGGCCGGCCAUAGACAACUUGGCCUACGAGUAUGAGAGGGAGGGGCUGUACGAGCAGGCCUAUCAGCUGCUGAGCCGCUUCAUCCAGGCGGAGGGGAGGGCGGCACGACUGGGCCGGCUGGUCAGAGCACUGGAAGACAGCAAGCUCACCAGCCUGGCUGAGAACAUUUUGGACAUCCAGGCCCGGGAGUGA